GGAAGUGCUGAAUCUUCAUUGACAGCAGUGCAGAUUUGUGUUUACUGCUGUUUUUAUGACUCUCGUUUGCAAAAACGUAACGACAGGCAGCUUAUUCCCCUUCACGGAACAGAUAACUACAACAUAACACGUCCUCUGGGGAACAUAUGAUCGAGGUUUGAGAAACUUCGGCAAAGAUGAGUCGAAGCAGGAACCCUCCGCAGAAGGGCCAAGGGGCCGCCAGGGCCAAACAGAUGGGUUUGCUGCUGGACUUGGCUCCUGACAGCGGAUUGGAUGAUUCUGGAGGAAAUGAGGCAGAGCUGGAGGCAGAGCUUAUGGCAUUGAUGGGAGGAGGAGGAGGAGGAAGGGGUGGAAAUGGGGGCAAGAAACCUGGAGGAAAAGCUCCAGUGGCGAUGGAGGACAUUGAGCGAAUGGCAGCUCUGUGUAUGAAAGAUCUCGACGUGGACGGAGACGAUGACGGAGAUUUGGAGAACGAUGCUGAUCUCCUGGCGGAGUUGAACGAAGUGUUGGAAGAUGAUGAGGAGGAAGUGGUCAGAAAACCUCCUCCGUCUCCAGUGCCUCCUCAACGCUCAAACGCAGCGCCACAGCCCGUAUCCCAGAAUGCAUCAGCCAGCCUGGAGUCUCGCCUGCAGGAGCGCUUGGACAUGUACCAGACGGCCAUAAACAAUGCCAAAGUGGCCGGAGAAACCAGUAAGGUGCGGCGAUAUGACCGAGGACUGAAGACUCUUCAGUCUAUGCUGGCCUCAGUUAAAAAGGGGAAGCCAAUCAAUGAAGAGGAGAUUCCUCCUCCUGUGGCCACCGGUGGAAAACCCGCUCUAGCCGAGCCAAUCAGAGAGCAGGAAGCACCUGCUCCACCGCAGACAGCCAAUGAGAAGCCAUUGCAGGACAGCAGACCCACGGCUCCACCUAAACCUCAGCUUCUCCAGCCUCCAGCACAGAGAGUCACGCCUCAGACUCCAGAAACACCAGCCAUAUCACCACUCACACCCGCACAACCCAACGCACAGCACUCUGAGCUGAAGGCCAGUGUGUUGAGCAGACAGAGAGAGUAUAAGCUUGCAGCCAUAAAGGCCAAGCAGAGCGGAAACACUGAACAAGCCAAACAACUCUACCAUGUGUCUAAGACGUUAGACUCAGUGGUGGAGGCUGUGGACCGAGGGGAGAUGGUGGACCUGCGCUCACUGCCGCCUCCUCCUGGAGAUGCUGAAGUGCUGCAAUCAAACCCUCCACAGCAGAUCUCCAAACCAGCCGCUGCUCCUCCUGCUCCUGCUGCUCCAUCAAACACAGCUCUGUCUGCUCCCAGGAGCGUGGCCGAGGCCUUACAGCAGCGCAUGGACAAAUAUAAAGAAGCUGCAGAAGCCGCCAAGAGCAAAGGAGACGAGCGCAAGGCACGCAUGCACCAGCGCAUCAUCAAGCAAUAUCAGGAUGCCAUUAAAGCUCAAAAAGCAGGACGUCCUGUGAAUCUGGCAGAACUUCCUGUGCCACCAGGUUGUCCUCCACUGCAGGGGGCUGAAAGUGGCGAUCAGAACCUUAUGGGUGUCCUGGAGAAUGCUGUCAAACUGGCCAAUCAGGAUGCAGAUGCAGACGAGGAGGAGGAACCACAGAAGCCUUCAGCUCAACCUGCUGUUCAGAAAUCCAGAGCUCCGGCUCCUCCGAAAGCCUUGUCCACCGCGGGAACGCCGACCGGAUCCACAAACACGCCUAAAAUGGGAGGAAAAGCUCAGCAGCAGCUGGAUUUCCUGACGAUGCGCAGGCAGCAGUUUAUAAAAGCAGCUCUGCGCUCUAAGGAGAUGAAGGACAUGCAAGGAGCUGCUCAGCACCUGAGGAACGCUAAAGGCUUGGACCCCAUGAUCACUGCCGCCAAAGGGGGACUUCCUGUUGACAUCACUAAGGUACCUGCGGCUCCGGUCAGUGAUGAGGACUACAGGUUGUCUCAGUCGCGCUCGUCUGCUGUUUCUCCGCGCUCGGCUGAACAGUACAGACAGCUGAUGGAGCAGCUCAAGCAGCAGCACGAGAAAUGUCUGGGCUACUCGCAGCAGUUCACUCACAUGGGGAACAUAGCAGAGACUGCCAGGUUUGAGAAGCUGGCUGAGGAGUGCAUGGGUAACAUUGACAUCUUGAAGAAAGCUCACGCUAAAGGACGAUCAGUGCCUAAAUAUCACACAGAGGAGCGAACAUUCAACACUGUCAAGAUCUUCCCGAACCUCACAGCCAGUGAAAUGAUGCUCUACAUCGUGAAGGGCAUCAACCUGCCACCUCCUCCAGGAGGUCAGGCCAAUGAUCUGGAUGCAAGUGUGCGCUUCGAGUUUCCCUUUCCCAGCGCAGAAGAAGCUCAGAAAGACAAAACAAGCACUGUGAAAAACACCAACAGUCCAGAGUUUAAGGAGCAGUUCAAGCUGAACAUCAAGCGAGAUCACCGAGGCUUCAGGAGAGUGGUUCAGGCCAAAGGCAUCAAGCUGGAGGUGGUGCACAAAGGUGGCCUCUUCAAGACUGAUAAAGUGGUAGGAAGUGCUCAGCUGAAGCUGGAAGCCCUGGAGAACCAGUGUGAGAUCAGGGAGAUUGUAGACGUUCUGGAUGGGCGAAAGGCGACAGGAGGAAAGCUGGAGGUGCGGGUGAAGAUCCGAGAGCCACUGGCUGGAGUUCAGCUGCAGUCGGUGACAGAGAAAUGGCUGGUGUUGGACCCCCCCACACCCUCACCGGAGAAACACAGAGAGCAGGAGAAGGACAGAGAGACAGAGAAGAGCAGAGAAAAGGAACGGGCUCCUUCUCCGAGAUCCAAACCCAGAAACGAUCAUGAUAGAAACCAGAAACCAAGCUCAUCUCCUCCACAGUAUAAACUGCACAGCUUCAGUCUGCUGCACCAUGAUAAAGAGAGGCUGGAGUGGAAGAUCAACGAAUAUAAGAAGAACCGACGAGACACUUCAGAGCUGAUCAAGCAGCACAUGGACGUCUGUCAGCGACUGCAGUGGCAGAAAUCAUACCUGGAGAAACACCCUGCUGCACUGACGGAAUAUGAAAAUGUGCUGCGGAAGUUCGUUCACGGUCUCUCGGAUUCAGUGAAAACGUUUUCCAAUCAAGGCAACAGGGAAGCAGCAAAAGACGCCCUCGGCCGACUGAAGAUGGUGGAGAAUGAGCUGGAGUCCGUCAGGAAGAAACGCGCCGUCAGAGACUGAAGACUCCGCUCACAUCAUGAAGAAUGGAGAUGAAUCCUGACAGAUGUGUAACGGAGCUCCAGAGGGGAACGACAAAACACUACACACACACACACACACACACACACACACAUACAAUUAUGCACUUUUUUUAUUACUGCACUUCAUUGUGUUGCAGUUAAAAACAUCAAAACACUCCUGAGCGACGUCUGAAUGUUGACUCGUGUAAAACUGAAGAUGGGGGUCCGUCACUGAAGGGGGAAUCUCACCUGUGCAGGAAUUAAAGGAAAGAGAGAAGACAUUAUAUUCGGCUUAAAGCAUAGUUCACCCAUAAAUGAACAUUUCCUUAAUGUUUGUUGACAUCCUAGUGGUUUAUUUUCUGUUGAACACACAGAAAAGAUACUUUGAAUAAUGUUAGAGACCG